GUGGGCCUCGAGGAUUUGGCCUUGAGAACCACUGAUCUAAUGCAGCUUUUGACUGUUAAGAGCAUGGAUGCUGGGGAUGAAUUUUGACAAGCUUUAAGUGAUUUGAAUGUUUCCAAAUUAAGUCACAUUUGUUUUAUACAGAUACUAGUGUUGUGUCAUUUGCGAACAAUUCGUUCAAAAGAACCGAAUCUUUCAAGUGACGUACUGAACUGAAUCACUUCCUCGAGUGAUUUGUUCAUUUCUCACUUCGGUUGAGCUGAAGUGAGAAACAGCAUUGCCAGUCGAGCAGCCGGCGAACAAGGGACACCUGAAUCACUUGGUGAAUGAAUCAGGCAUUGAACUACUCUCUCUGGAAUCAUUUUUGUCAGACCAAACUACCCCCUUUUUUGUACUGCUAAAUUGCCACCACAGCAACUUGCAUACAACAGGACACAGCAUGUAACAAGUAGCGCAUUAAACCUGCAGCAUCUUUUCCUCGCAGCGGCUUGCGAGGGAACGCAGCAUGUUCAAUUUGAAUUCUUCUAAAUGAAUCACUCACAGAGCCCAAUUUACUGAGCAGACCUGAUAAAUAGCAUACCAUAGGACAGUACACUUAAAUCAUCAUAACUUAUAAACAUGUUUAUUUUUACAAACCUGUCUGCCAAAGCAACACAGACAAACACUCUUGUCUCCCAGUCCCAGAAGCUUUGAAUUGAACUAAAUCCUGAAACGUUCAGCUGUGUACAUGAGCGCUACAUGAUUCAGUGAUUUAGUGAACGAAUCUUUUGAUCUAAUCUUUUUAGUGAACUGAUUUUAGUGAUUCAGUACAUCUAAAAGAACUGCUGUGCCCACCACUAACAGAUACCACAUAUAAACCUGAGUAUUCUGUUCUGUUCUUUUUAAUAUAUCAUCUUGCAUCUUUCUCUUUCAGGCGUGACCGUGACAGGGACAGGGGCCGCAAUGAAUGGUUAAGGGACAAGGAGCGUGCCAGGGAUGGGGACCGAGAUAAGGACAGAAAUGUGAAAUCAUUCAGGCCAGCGAUCAACCCAGCUGCAGGUGGUGGAAGCUUCCUGACACAAAACCCUAUGCAGCAGCAGAUCAACCUGUUCACCAACAUGCCCCACACUCCCCGCUACUACGAAAUCAUGAAGAAAAGGCUGCAGCUGCCUGUCUGGGAGUACAAAGAGAGCUUCACUGACACCCUGAUGCAGAACCAGUCUUUUGUGCUGGUGGGAGAAACCGGCUCUGGAAAGACCACACAGGUGAAAAGAAGACGUUUUGCAGCAGUGGCACAAUUAAUGCAUCACAGCAGGAAUUAACACACUUACAUUUUUUUAAUGCCAUUGUCUGCUUUUUAAAAUAUACGAAAAAAGAAGAUCAAAUCACUUUUCAAGUUAAGAGGUGUAAUUAUGAUGAUGGAAAGCACUGCAAUUCUGCGCAAUCAUGACUUUUAAACUCUGAGGAGAUGCUUAUGAUGUGUCACAUUUUCAAAGCAGGAGCAACCUUUCUGCACCUUUUUCAGGAAGUUAAAAUUUUGCAGGAAUAAAAUAGAAUAAAGUGACAUGAGAAAAAAGUUAAUUUAUAGGAAAAACAUCAUUAUAGUUUAUGCCUAGCUUGUUUUCAAAGGUCUGCCUGCACUAUAUUGAGGAUCAGAGAGCACCUUGUGAGGUUAUGCCUGACUUUAAUGAUGGAAUACUUAAAUCUUUUAGCACAUCUGCACCACAUUGCCUAUAGUGUUGGGAUUUUGAUUAUACUAGGCAAGAAGCUGAGUCUGUUCUGAAGAAAAGUAGGCAAAUGGGCAGUUGUUUACACUUCAUCUGAAGCUGAAGAUAGUGGACUUUUUCUUGUAGUUUUGUGACUUUAUUUAAUAAAAAAACAACUUUUUUAACUCAUAGAUUUCAAGUUUCUGCCUCUCAGGACCCCUACGGUCAAGACUUUUUUCCACUAACAUCAAAACUUUAUUAGGAUUAAAGAAAAUUCCUGUUCUGUAUCAACUGAAUGACAAUAAUCUACUCGAGGAGACUUAAUAGAAAUGCAACCAACACAUCCUGGUGAUUAGGGUCAGGUUCAGUGUUUGCCACAAACAGACUUUAAUUCUAAGUUUGAAGUGAUUAUCUCCCCCAAACCUGUAAUCUGCAUUUAUUAGCUCCUCUGAUUGGAUGACAUUUCAUAGACUGGUAGGAUCGAAAUCAUCUCCAAAGGGCAGUCAUCUGAAACCUCAAGCUCAAUGGUGAGGAAGUAACACUCGGUGUUAGGACCGCUCUGAGCAAAGUGGUGUGUGUAAAGCUGUAAGCAAGAGCAUACUGUCAGUAAACCUGUUGACAGGUACACAGAGAUAUGUGCUGAUAAUUUCUUUGCAGUGAAAAGCAAACUGUGGUUAUUCAGUCUCAAGAAAAAUUAGGUUAUGUUCUUCAAACUCUGACAUGACUCGUCUGUUGUCUUCCAGAUUCCUCAGUGGUGCGUGGACAUGGUGCGAUCGCUGCCAGGACCAAAGAGAGCAGUGGCCUGCACCCAGCCCAGGAGGGUGGCAGCCAUGAGCGUCGCCCAGAGGGUGGCUGAUGAGAUGGAUGUCAUGCUGGGCCAAGAGGUGGGCUACUCUAUCAGGUUUGAGGACUGCAGCUCGGCCAAGACGGUACUCAAGUAAGAAGCCCGGUUUAAAAAUGUUAUUGCUUGCAUCUCUGAAAAGUGUUUCAUAAUCCCUGCAUCUAUUUUAUCUAAACAGGUACAUGACAGACGGCAUGUUGCUUCGAGAGGCCAUGAAUGAUCCGCUGCUGGAGCGCUACGGUGUUAUCAUUCUGGAUGAGGCGCAUGAACGCACUUUAGCUACAGAUAUCCUCAUGGGGGUCCUGAAGGAGGUGGUCCGCCAGAGACCUGACCUUAAGGUAAAAGGAGAUUUAGAAAAGAUCUAUGAAGUAUACCCGUGAAAGCAGAACACCCACAGCCAGAUACAGUACGUCUUCCUCCAAGUUGUUCAACAUUGGCUGAGAAUUGAAGAUUAAGUGUAGAGAGAUAAAUCCGAUGAAUAUUGUUCUAUUUGUUCCAAAAAUGAUUUAACUUCUUAUUCAUUUUCUCAUCAUUGCUUGUUGAAUGCACUCCUGACAAAACGCUGAUUUGUUUGCACAAAUAUGUCCCACUUAAUACUUGCAAAACUCUUUUGAAAGCCUUAAAUAUUUCUUCCCCCUGGAGGAUAAAUGCAGUGACAGCCAGCAUUAAUGUCCCUCUUCUGUCACUGCUUUACUUUGUCACAUUUUUCCCUGACAGUGUCCCCAUGUCUGACAGCUGUGUAUCUGUUCGGGGUGGAGAAAUUGCUGCAGUUGAUCUCAGAAAUGCACAUCUUUCCCGCACAGCAGCACUGGGGGAGUUUGUUCCCAGAGUCAGCCUCUUUUUUUUUUUUUUUUUUAGGCAAUCAACCAGGGUGAGGGAGAACAGCAACUAGUGAGUGAAGAUGGAGGCGUACAGGCAGGAAUUUUAUAGGCAGAGUGUGCCAGACAUAUUUCUCAUAAAGCAGAUGGAUAAUGACUAGUUGUUUGUCAGCGUGGAAUCAAAGGUUAGAUUGUUGUUCGCCGACUGUUAAAUGAGGUCUAGGUUAUUGGGAAUGAUCAUCCACCCACACCCCUCUAUCUCCUUCAUCCCUAUCCUCUUCCAAAUUGGAAAGUUUAAUUUGCCUUGAUUAAGAGCAAUUAUGAUGUCUCGCAGAGCGUAAAGGGAAAUGCCGAGACACUGGCCCCUGAAAACGUUUGAGAUUGAAAAUGGGAGACGCGUUUCCCAUCAGAAUCCUAAUGCGCUACAUCUAAUGACUCCAGAGAGAACAUUGUGUACCAAACAUCAGGAACAAGGACUGUCAUAGCAUGCGUGUAGGUCAGCGACUCUGACUCUAACACCGACAACACUGUAGUGUCAUAUUGGGUUAGUUCCAACGCCCUUAUUGUAAAUCCUGAUUAGAAGCACCUUCCUUUCUCUGGAUAGCUUUUUGCACCCUCUGUCUAUUUCCUAUGUAACUGCUCCCUUAUCUACUUAGUAUAUGUCCUUAUCCCCAAUUAUCAUCAAGCAGUGUAAAAUGUUAACUCAUCCCAUGCUUGGGUGCUCACUCCUUUAAUCACCACUGUCAUGUUCUCUAUGCCGCCUUUACCUCCAGUUUUAUCUCUCCUCUCGCCUCUUUUACAAAUGCAUCAUCCCUCGCAAGCUGUCUUUUCAAACUUCUCUACUCUUCUUUCUCCAGGUCAUCGUCAUGAGCGCCACGCUUGACGCCGGGAAGUUCCAGGUGUACUUUGACAACUGCCCACUGCUCACCAUCCCCGGACGCACUCAUCCCGUUGAGAUUUUCUACACCCCAGAACCAGAGCGGGAUUACCUGGAGGCGGCCAUUCGGACUGUAAUUCAGAUCCACAUGUGUGAGGAUGGAGGGGAUGCUCUGCUCUUCCUCACUGGACAAGAGGUAACAAGACAUCACGAGUUCAACAUCUGUUUUUUCUUUUUUUUUUGCUCUAAGAGAAGUUAUCAGAUACAUGUAGGAUGUGAAAGAAUACAAGUAGCAGCGAUGGUGUUGAUGCAGCCCUACAGAGCUAACGUUACUUAACACAACUGUAGGGCUUGUUUUUUGGACUGAUUCAGCUUGCAGCUCAUUGACAGUGAUGGUUCAGAUUUGUGGGACUUAAUCAAAAUUGGCCAAAUUACAUGUUACAAAUGGUCUCCCCUGCAGCUGUUGAUUGCUUGGCUUCAUUUUUGGUUCUUUGCCUGUUUGUUUAUUUAUUUAUUUAUGACAACAGGACUAAGCUUACUCAAGUCCUCUCUGGCUGAUAUACUUACUAUUGAUAAGUACCUCACACAACCCCACUAAAAAAACAAAAACUGAACUAUCUCUUUAAUUUUGUUCGCAUUAUAUUAAAACCUGGAAGAUCACCAGACAAUUUAAGACUAAGUAUUCACACCAUAAAACAGAAACUAACGUUGCUGCUAAUGUAACCCGACAGCCGGCUGUACGAACUUUGAAACACACUGUUGCUCACUCUUCACUCACUUUAAGUGAAAGCUAAUGACUCCCAGUUGAACCGAACUCAGAGGUAAUAGCAAAUAGAGGCUGGUUUUAAAUGCUAGUCCUCCUUAAAGCGCCCUUGAAGUUAUUUUUGUAAGUAAAUACACAUUAAAAAGUGCCAGUUUCAUUGACAAAACUCAGUAAUUUGUGACAAAACGUGACCAGCGGAGGUGAACAGUGUGGAUCUUGGCAAAUUCGUUUCAAGCUGUGGGUUUAUUCAUACAACACAACUAUCAGAGUUACAGUAGUUUGCUCUAAACCACUUUACUUGGUUUAAAAAAAUUAUCUCAACUUUAGGAAAGAAACUGCUAAAAAGACUGCACCCUACGAGGAAAAAAAGAGUCCAAAAGUAAAUUCAUAAAUUGCAUUUUUAAAAACACAAAUAUUGUAACUUUGUGUUGUUAAAAAGCACAAACAAAACAAUGACAGGAUGAAGUUUUUAAUAAAAGACAGAACUAGACACAACUACGGGUGGGAAUCACUAGUGGCCCCACGAUAAGAUAUUAUCAUGAUACUUGGGCCACGAUACGAUAUUAUUGGGAUUUUUAACAUUUAGCAUUACAGUGAGUAUUGCGAUACAAUAAAUUGCGAUUUAUACGAUUUUCCAACUGUUUAGCUAAUUUAGCAUUUGGCUUUUCUUUAUGUUUGUCUUAUUUAAACUGUAUUUUAUGUUCAUGUAGUACAUCUUGCAAACCUUAUAUAUAUUUGUUGUACUAGCUUUCUCAACCUCACUGGACAAACAGUUGAUUUUAUUUUUCCAUUAUCAUAGAUUUGACUUCAUAUUAACAAUUAAUCUGAAAAAACAAUACUUGGUAAGUGAGAAGAUACGAUAUAUCACCAGACAAACUAUCACAAUACUAUGCUGUAUCGAUUUUUUCUCCCACCCCUACAUACAACACGUUAAUUCUUGCGUAUAAACAAGGACCAGACUUCUGCAAUAAUAUCAGACAUAUUCAAGGUUAGGACUGUGCAUAUCAAUCUUAUUACAUAGUUGAGUCACCCACAUUCACUAUCAUGAGCUCAGACACACAAACACACCCUGCACAGGAAAUGAUUAAUCCUCAGAUGUUAGAUGUUAAUGCAUGUGAAUGUGCCCGUCUGGGAAGCACCAGGAGUUUCACAAUGAAGGAGUAAAAAAAUAAAAUAAAAAAAAAAACUCAGGAGUGACCCAGAUUCUGCCCUCCCCACGAAUCUCUGAAAUUAAGUCAUUUAUUAUUUUUUUCCCUCCCUGCAAAUGUUGUCCACUGAUGUGUAAUGGAGGGCAGGGUUCAUGCCCAAAAUGAUGAAUUUGGUCACAGUAGGGUGGACACACACACACACACACACACACACAUAUAUAGGCACACAGAGAAAGAGAGAGAGAGAGAAGGAAAAAGCAGCAACAAAUGCUUCCAUGUCCUGAUCGUUGGAUGGGUGAGGCCUGUCAGAGCUAAGAGUGACUGUGCUGGUGUGAUUUUUCUCUUAGCAUUCGAACUAAGCAGGUGUGGUUAACUGUGGUUGUACUGGUGAAUGUAACUGGUCCGGCUGCUCCAUUUAUUUAGAUUUUGAUCAUGAUUUUUGCCGUCUUGUGAUCAAAAAAUGAAAAAUAUCUCCUCAGCAAAGCAAAAGGAAAGCAAGAGGAUCAGGUCUGAUGUUUUUGUUGCAGUCCAAGCCCUGGCAAUUGGCGAGACACACAAUUAACUCUGUAAAAAAGUUGUCCUUAAAAUGUAUUAAUAGUCCUGAUCUUAGUAUGGAUCAAAAUGAUAGUGCUUAUCACUUUGGUCAUAAUUGCACAGGCCUGGUAACUGGUGUGAAUACAGCACAAGUUGUCCUGUUAGUUGUAAUAACAGGCUGGACUUUGAUAUUUUGCGUCUUUUUGAUAGAAAACCAAUUUUUCAUCUGCACAAGGAAUCAAAAGCACCAACGUGUCCUUGUUGUUUAUCAGCUGUAAUUAUUUGUCACUCAACGGCAGCUCGACCGUGUUCGAGCACCUACGUCAGUUUUCAUUUGCCAAAGCAGGAUCAAUUGGCGGCUUGUUACGAAGGGGGAUAGAGUCAUCGGAGGGCACCGCGUUUGAAGUGGGCUCCACUGAGGGCUGCUGAUUGAUUUUAGAUUUAGCUGAAUCCUAGCUGCUCAGAUGGCCAGAAACACUGAUGACCGCUGUUAUGAAUGUUUAGAAAAGUCUCAGAUAUUUAAAGGCUAUGUGUUAAUUAUUUUUUCUGCUCUUAGAUGUAAUUUGUUGAUUUAUAUUCCACCCCCCCCUGCACUGUGUCAAGCUAAGGCAUUACCCAGAGCACUCCCACGGUGAGUUCAUUAUCGCCCCCUCCUAAUUGGGUUAAAGAAGUUAAUGUGUGGUAGGUCUGGCAGAGAUGGGUGUUCAAAGGGUGCUGCAGCGCAUCCCUCCAGCGCUUCUUAACCUCUUCAGUCUCCCAGCAACUUUGAUGUAGACUAAUGAUCGGGAGGCAGAUCCAUGGCCGUGCCGCGGCGUUGACUCCUUUUAAUUUAUAUCAGACCAAAGCGAAAAUACACACAACCCUUUUUUCCUCCCUCUUAGUUGUUUUUUUUUUUUUCUGUGAGAUAUUUCGCUUCCACAAACAAAUAGAACUGAAGCACCAACUCCAAACAAGAAAGUCGAAACUUAUCACAGCUGUUGAGCAAAGAUAAGUCCUAAUAUUUAAGCUUCCCCCUCAGCUGCUAACAUCAAAACACGGGGAUUGGCAGGGGGGUUGUUUGCUAGUCAAGAGGAGUGCCUAAAUGUGUCGGUUAUUAGCUUGGCUGUAGAUUGUUGCUGCUGGGGUCGCAGGGAGAGCUGGUGGACAGGUUCCCAACUCUGGACAACUGCCCCUGUGUUUGCUCACAGACAGCCACACAUGCAAGCACACACGAUCACACAGCCACACAUGCACACACACAUGCACACUCUGUCUUGAUGUCCCUGAGGGACAGACAGCCAGCUUGCUUCCAGCGCUUUGGCAAAGAGGUCCUGUUUUUUUUCCCUUUUUUUUUUUCCUCUCCAUGGCAGCUGCUGCAUCCAGAGGCUUGAUAGGCUAUUAAUACCCCAGCUAAUUUUACCAAUCCAUUCAGAUUUACCGUUUUCCACUUGUCAGUGUGUUGAUGAAGAGGCACAUUGCCAUCAGCGGGGUUUGACUUAAUGCGAUGAACGAGGGGACAAACAGGGCUAAUAACCCACUCGUAGUCCAGAAGGAAAACAGGAAAUGUCACCCUGGUGCUUUUUCAUGUCGAGGCAAGUGUCCUGGCCUCAGAUUACGUCACUUUCACUCAAGCUUGUGUUAAUUCAGGAUGCUUCUCGGCUAAGAAACCAAAAAGUCUCAGAUGUUUUAAUGGGUUGUUUUGUUGGCUCACUAAUUAAUAAUUGUCUGUGCAUCAGCAACAAUAAAACCGUUUUUCUGAUCCUGCUCAUCAUUGCAUUAUGAAAAUCUCCUGCAUUGCUCCCAUGGGCCUGCAGGUGGUGCAACAGUAUAGGCUGUAAUGUGAAACUCUUGGUAACUGCUGCUUUAUGAGGAUUAAAUGAUUGUUGUUAGCAAAACAAAGACACUCGUUCCAAUCAGCAGGAGUCAAAAAAAGGAGACAAAGUCAGACCAGAGUUGACAAAUACUUCAAAGUAAGAUGAUUGAAGAUGUUGGUAAAGAGGUGGAUCACAUCAAAUAAGUUUUCUGUGUUUAUGAGUUGAGACCGGGGGGGCAUAUUUAGUACAUUAUCAGAAUAUUCCAAUAAGCCUUCAGAGAAUAGGCCACAGCCCCGCGCUUGCUAUCAUGCUUUCUUAUUCCUGGCGCUGCUCAGGUCUUCAGUCUGUCUGCCAGCCCAGCGGCUCUAGAACGUUCAGCUUCACUAAACUGAUCUGCCAUGAUUUGCCGCUGGUUAUGCAUCAGCGCUGCAGUCUCAUCUCACAUUCCCCCCUCUACAAUACUGCACUGUGGAAUAAUGAACCCUGUUUGAGUCUGUCUGGCUCUGUGUGUAUGUGUAUGUGUGUGUGUGUGUGUCCAUGUUUUCCAUGAUUGCUGCAUUUGACAACAGAGCCACAGGGAGCUCAGCAAAGCAUACUGCAGUCCAGGUUUAAUUUCCUCCGUCAGAUGGAGCGAUAGUUAGAGAACAAAUGUACUGUAGCAGGGAACCGCGGUUUUCCCAGGCCACCUCCUGAUCGCCUCCACCUCCACUCUCCUCCAGAUUCCCCUCCAUUGUCUGUCCAGGUGUUCCUCAGGACCUGUUUGCAAGCACCACCUGCAUUUACAGCCGCUCUUUCUGUGUUUUAGGAAAUCGACGAAGCUUGCAAGCGAAUCAAGAGGGAGAUCGAUGACCUGGGUCACGAAGUCGGUGAUAUCAAAAUCAUCCCUCUGUACUCCACACUACCUCCACAGCAGCAGCAGAGGAUCUUCGAGCCACCUCCGCCCAAUAAACCAAAUGGGGCCAUUGGAAGGAAGGUAAAACAGCUCGAAACACUCAGCAGGGGGAGGGUGGGGCGGACAGAGUGGGGUUGAUGUAGAAAGGCCAGAUGGGGAAUAAGGUGUGAGAGAGCUGGAAGGUAGGGACUGAAACUUUUUUUUCCUCCCUCUUUCUCAGCUUUAGCGCAGAACUGACUCACACAACAUAUGCUGCUUUUGUCAGCAUGCGAUUCUCUGCUCUAAAUUAUAACUGGGGUAUUACUCACGCCCUCUGAGCCUGAGGAAAGUACUGCAUUCUCAGUCAUUUUUAUCUUUCCACUACAUUUGCACAGGCCCUGCUGCGGCUCAGAAAGGAGUCAUAAGACCUCUGCCAGUCUGCAAACAUGUGAACAGCACACAUAAUGCGAGCCGAUCACAAACAAGGCACCUCUUGGCGUGCAUAAAAUAGCCUCCUCCUUCUUCCUCAGUCACUUAAUCCCAGGGGAGUGCAUGAUCCUCUUAUUGAUACAGACACAAGACAAUUCCUCUCUUUUGCGUGACAGUUUCUAUUCAGAUGGGCUCAUCACCGGAGCAGCAGCACCACCUGCGCUGCCACACUGUUGGCCAGAGAUCUGACAGAGUAUCAGAAUAUCAUCACUGCCAGUGAGCAAGCAAACGUUCACCCCUAGCAUCUGAUAGGGGACGAUGUUGAUGAAUGACUUAAUGGUACAAGCCCUCUAAUUGAGGCCGAUCAGGCUGACGUAUCAGCAGGGAAAUCAUUUAUGGGACAUCCGCGUUAAACACAUGAAAGUGGUUCCAAAACUACGAAUUUAAAGUGAAUUUGGUAAAACAGGAUUUUUUUAUGUGCAUAUGAAAAUAAUUAUUUUGCAUUUCUAUUUCUGGCCCUCUUGGAUUGUUUCAAACAUUUGGCAUCUUCGCAUCUAUGUGUAUCGUUUCAGUUAGGAGGCGUUUUCCUCCUUGGCUCGGUUCAUUUGAACAUAUGUGCACAAGCUAGCCAACAUCGCCUGGAAGAGGUGGUUCUGGCUUGCUUUAAAUUGAACCUCGGAGCGACUCGUUCCAAGUGAGAACGCAGUCAACCUAGUAACCAGAACAAAUAGCUGCUUGGCUCGUCAAGCUAGAAGUAGGAGGCUAACAUUAGUCACCGUCUCCAUCCAAGUCAGCAUCAUCAGCAGAAGAGUUGACGCGAGGUGCAGCAACAUCACAGGACUCAAUAGCAAAUCCUGGGUUAAGACCAAGAAUUUUGUCCAGAUCGUCAAAGUUAACUUUUGUGAUCAUGAGAGUGCAAUGGCUUGCAUUGGCCCACUUUUCGAAAUGCUAAAUAAUCUACCAAGGAGACCAAGGUGACUAGACCAAGUGAUCCAACCUAAUAAAAUAAUUCAGAAAAAGCGUGAGGGUACAGGAGCUGAGCUGCCACCAUCUUACAUGUAGAUGGAACUUGGUUUUCAAGAACAGGUUGCAUAGUUAGCUUUGCUGCUUUCAAGCCAGAUUGGUUCCCUCGCUCAAAUCCCAGCUAGGACUGGGCGAUAUGGCCUCAAAUCAAUAUCACAAUAUAUUUAGCAGUUCACCUUUGUAACUGUAAAUGGACGAUAACUACUCUACAAGCUGCUCACUCCCUCCCACAUUAAUUUUGUCAACUUCUGAACCGUCCUCUAUCUCCUCACCUGUCUUUCCCUCUUUGUUGCAAACUGGAUGGGGUGGAGUCACGUCUCAAACGUAGGACAGCUUCUUAAAGGGACAUGAAACAAUAGCCUACCUACACACAUCCAAAACCAACUUUUAUUUUUUUGACAUCAAUAUGGGCAAAAUAAAGUUGGUUAUUGUCGUAAAUUUCGGUAUUGGUAAAUUUUCGGUUUAUCGCCCAGCCCUAAUCCCAGCUAUAGGCUAUAGCCCUGUAGGUGACCACUGACCUGUCCAGGCUGUACUCAGUCUCAUGUCCAUUGAUGGGUAAAAAAAAGGGUAAAAACGCGAAAGAGCAGGAGCAGUUCAAGACCUUUUCUUGGAUGAUCUUUUCGGGGCCGCUCAUUAAGCUCUUGCUAAUUUUAGCUCACCAGCUUACCUCAUCUUUUAUCGGGUCAAAUUAUUGAGUUCAAAAAAGGGAAUUAUGUGACUUGGGAAGUAAAGAGCCAGCCCUGAUUGAGAACUCUGACAAACCUGGCUCUUCAAAGUAAAAUGUGAGUCUCAGGUGGGCUGAUGUUGAAGUGUGUUGUGGAACCGGCUGAAAAAGAGGAAAGAAUUGUCGAGGCUUCAUAUUGAGCAGCCAGAUCUCAGAAAUCUCUCCGCCUUACUAGCACCAUCUUCUUUUACUCUGAUUUUACAGAUUCAUCUCUUCUAGUUUUCUUUUUGACUGGUGUGUAUAUGUGUGUGUGCAGUACAGGCUUCAGAGGCUCAGCGCUCUUAGUAGUGUGAUUAGCCAGUGUUGGAUAAGAUCUUUCUCAAAAGUUAAAAUAUCAUUCCCAGUGUUUGCCUCUGCUUUUCAAAGCGAUUUAGCUAUGAAACCGGGUAAUGGUUGCAUAGGGACAGGUUUGAAUAUCAUUUGGUUCUUGCUGUGGUACCAGCAUGAUACAGUGAGUUUGCAUACAUCAGUUUUGGAGGGAAAAAAGGAUUUUCCACUUUCAGCAGACUUGCUGAAUAACAGCACAUCCUUCGCUUGGUAAAUAUCCUGCAGCAACUUUUCCCUGAUUCCCCUGAGUUUAGUUAUACAUGAAAUAAAAGCGAGCAUCGUGACUCUGUGACCUCUGAACUGUCAACCCGGCUGCCUCUUUUAGCACAGUCCAUGCCCUUUUUUUUUUCAAAUUCCUCAACAUCAAUUUGUCAGGCGCUUGUUGAAAUGGCAGAGCUGGCAUCUGAAGUUGCUGUGCGUGAAGGAAAUGUGCUUCUCCUCCCCGACUGCCUUAGCGACUCAUCAAGUGAAAAACGCAGAGAUGUCAUCCAAGCCAGCCCGGGAGAAAGUGGUGAAAAAGAAUUAAGGCUCGCCAUGUCUGCCGCCACGCAUGCUAAUGACUGCAUUAGGAACCCCUUGAUUAACAUAAAGCACUAGCUCGUCACUGCUCUAUAUCUACAGGAAAGCCACUGAUCUCCAAUUUUUCAACAGUUUAGUCAUUUAAAGCCAAGGCAGCAUUGGCUAAUUACAAACAAAGAUUAUAAUCUCGCUUUGCUUUACAGAGCUUUAAAGUCCUCUGAUGGGUGUGUGGUUUGUUUUUAGCAUUGUCACGUUUGGAAUAUUCCUGCAAAUGUCACUCCAAAUCCAACACAACCCCGUUUCAGUGAGCUUUAAAUGUGGGUGCAGCUCAAAGCACGCUCUCCCUUUUUUUCCCCAGCCAGAGAAAAAAGCUUUUAUUUGUCAACACGGCUGCGUGUCUCAGCAGGGAGCGUGAAAGAUGCUCAGCGUUAGCCAUAGUACUUGCUCUCCUGCAGGUAAUAACCCAGAAAUAACAUGCAGAGAUGAUGCUCUAAUGAUAUUACUGAUGAAGAAGCCAGGAUUAUCCAGCACAGCAACAGACUGGAAGGAGCCGGCCUAUGUUUCGGCGUAAUGGCCCCAGCCAGGAUAAUCCUUCAGAAUCAAUGCAGUCAAUGAGGCCACCCAUAUGAUCAUGAAAUGUGAGAGGGUGUCAUGUGUGGCAUCUGCUGGAGCACCGACUGUGUCCCAACACGCAGGACUACCUUACCUGGACCAUUUUUCAGCCGGACUUUGAAGCAUUCCAGCCCGUUCAUUUCUCGCCGGGACGACUGUGGCUGGCAUAUAGUGUCUGUCACAAAACACUGUCUGAUAGUCUCCUCUCUUUUUCGGGGGGGCCACUUUAAUUUCAGACUGCCACAGUGUGACUAAUUGGUUUCGUAAAGAUGUGAUUUCUCUCUUGCUCUGAGCCAUUGAUGGCCCUUCUCGACAGCAGGAACUUAACAUCCUUUUACCUGGGGCUUCUCAUAAACUAAACUUUCAGAAACCUUUUUGAGUCUUUGCUAACUAGAUUUUUCUUCAUCUCCUCUGUAUUUUGAAGUAAACUGAUCAUUUGAUUUUUAUACAUUUGAUUUGCAGUAGGGCUGGGUGAUAUAUCCAAAACAAAUGAUCAUUUCAGUCAGGUAAUUGAUGAUGAAAAAUGAGCGGGUGGUUAUAAAAUUAGAAUCAUGACAGGGUGAGCAGGACCACUCAAGAUUGAAUUUUUGUACAUAAUUUGUAGAAAACAGCAAUCUAAAGGUGCACUCAUCAUCUCUGCUACUGCUACCUGGAUUGCGGGACAUGGUCUUGCUUCUACUGCUGAAAGAGCUAAUAUUAUUUGAAUGUAUUUUGCAAGACAUAGAGAUGUAAAUUAAGAAGAAAAAAUGGCUACUUUCAGUUACAAAACGGCAAAUUUUUAUAUAUUAUUUACUUAUUUGACGUCGCAUGAGGGACUCAUUCUUCUCUGCUCAAACUGAAGUGUUUAAGUGAAAUGAAACUUCAUAAACACGAUGGUCCCUUUACAGUUUUGUUUAUCAGUUUUAGAAUAAGGACUAAUUCAGUCAGCAUGAUAAACACAGACAUCCAGUAAAUAAAACCUCUGUAUAAUCUUCACAGUCAAUAUUUUCUGAACCGCCUGGAAGUCUCGUCAGCUGAUGGUGUCAAUAGCAGCAUGUGGAGACAGAGAUCAUGUAUUAAAUAUAUGCAGAAAUACAUGGAAGAUACAAAGCAUGACAAUGACAAAUACAAAGACAGAUCCAUGUUACACCUGCCUGUCUCUUCUUUAUCCUCUUUACAUUAUUAGAAACAGUCUGUGAUGUAAACACUGUAUGAGCUAUGGUUAGCCAAAGCAGGUCACAUGCCACCGUUCUCAACUUGGUCUCAUAGCUCCUCAAUUGGGUCUCCUUUUCCCCCAAUGUUGUCCUGUUCCUACUCUCAUUGACUUACACCAGUCUUGUAAUUGUAAACUUGUUUUUGGACAAAUGAACAUUUUCUUCCUGGCAUUUUGGCAAAUUUCUUUGUGUCUUUUUGAGUGUGUAAUGAUCUCAAGCUGAGGUAAUUUCCUGCUGUUGUGGUUGGGGUGUCUGUUCCUAUAGCGCUAUGAUACUUUCAUGUUUGUGUUUCUCUGUGAUUUUGUCGUCCACUCCUCACAUCCAUGCUACAGCAGAAACAAGAAAUAGAGGAGAAACAACCAGAGUGCUGUAUAGCAAAUGCUGUACCUCGAGGCUUUUCUUAAGUAAUUUGAGAAACAGCCCUGAUUGAGUCUCGUUAUUUUCAGUUGCUAUAAAGCUUAAUUUUGCUUCAAAAUAGGGCUGGGCGAUAAAUGGAAAAUUUACUGAUACCGAAAUUUAUGACAGUAACUGACAUCAUUUUACCCAUGUCAGUAUAUUUGGUGUCAAAACAAGUUGUUUUUGGAUGUCUGUAGGUAGGCCAUGGUCUCAUGUCCCUUUAAGACACUGUCCUACGUCGGAGACAGUUCAAAAGUUGUAGCGGCUGGAGCGUCAGCUGAAGUAGACAAAGUUAAUGUGGGAGGGGAUGAGCAGCUUGUGGCGUAGUUAUCGUUCAUUUAUCGUUAUCGAGGUGAAAUGCUCAUUAUAUUGUGAUACUGAUUUAUGGCCAUAUUGCCCAGCCCUACUUUAAAGUAUCUUGAGCUUUGCAAAAACAAUGGUUAAAACUGUAAUUACUUAUGCUGCCACUAAACGUCUGUUGUAUCGGUCAGCAAAGUGGCUGAAUUUGAUUUAAAACUGAGAUAUAGUUGUAGGAUUUAACCCCCUUUUGCCUUUUACCUAAGCAGGUAUAGUACAGAGUAAACAGCAGCCAAGCCUGUGAUAAUUGCUACAUGCUGCGCUAUGUGUCAUUAAGCUCUUGAAGUGAAAACAGAGGAUGAGUUCACAUUAUACCUUUGAACCAAGCUGUCGGUCUUGGUGUAACCCCGCUAAGCUGGCUCCUAUUUUCAGAUGUCUGUCAAAAUUAAGCAAGUCAGAUUCAUCAUGGAGUGCUCAUGUCAAUCAGAUCAGGCUGCCAUUCAUCCAAGAAAUUCAUGAAUAACAACCCAACCGUACGCCAGAUCCUGCUGUCUGAUCAGUUUCAUACAGGCGCUUUUCGCCAACUCUUCAUUCCUCCGCCUGAAUACUAAAGGGAAAGUGUCCUUCCACAGGUGAAUUACCCCAGGUCGAGGGCUGAAGAAAGGGGGGAAAAGCCCUUCCUGGCAUUAAUAACUAAACAGUCAGGCAUUCUCAGGCUGGAGAGAAAUCCUUGCUUAAAAGGUGGGAUUUAAAAGUCUGUAAGGCUCACAGCUUGAAGACAGCUGAAGAGGCACAGCUACAAAGGAAGUGUGUCAAGUGUGCGAAAUUGGUCCCGUGGACCUGUAUCAGCAAAGACUACAAAGAGCUAUUUGGGUUUGUGCUUGGCAUUUAUUCACAAAGACGACCAAGAAAACACACGGCUCCGGCCAAAUGUCCACAUAGGUCAACCCACAAUGUGUUCCUACCUCCAUGGAUGUCAAGCAAGAGAGCGAGGAAAAGGUACUGAAGUGUGGAGAGGAAUUUUUUUUUUUCCAACACCCACUUGUUUAUUAAACUAUGACUCUGGAGUGGCAGUUGCCAGUAAGAGUGGGCUGUGACCCGGCCACCGCAGUCUCAAGUGCUAUGAUGAAUCUAAAGGGCUUCUCUGUCCAGUCUGUUUCAGCUGUUAUAUAAGGAGAACUCAUCCUAGCGGCGGUCAAGGUUCGCAUGAGGGCAGCUGCAAAUCUGUCUCCUCCUCCACCCCCUGGUUUGUGUAUAUGCUGACAGCGAGAGACCCAUAGGGUGAAGUGACUCAUUUGAUAUUUUAUUUUGCUCUGAAUCAGCUGUCAUUUCUCAUGGGUAGCUUUGCUGUUUGGGAUAAUUGUAAUUGAAGAAGAUCUGAGACUGGGAGAUGGUCCACUGUUUACCCACUUGCUUUAUUUUCAGAAGCUAAGCAGCAUUUUUUAUUUACUUUUUGGUUUAUCCUCUGCUUUUGCAAAAUUAGUCUCUUGGACCUGUGAAACACAUAAAAAUGGGGAUGUUUUACGAGCUGUGCCUUGCUUAAGAAACUGAGAUUUAGAGAUUUAUAGAGGAACAAGAGGAGGAGGAGAGCAACACAUUAUUAUGGAUGAAUUCAGUUGACGUACACUAAUCAGUAUUUCCUGUUGAUGAUUAAAACUAUUUUGAAGCCGGUGAAGCUAACCUCAAAUUAUGCAUACGUGUGCUGCAGUCGCAGGCCUUCAAAAUAAACACUCCCAAACUGCAUGAGUUUGUGCGUAUCUUUCUAUAUCAUUGAGGGAAUGAUGAACUGUAAACACAGUCACUGUUGAGACUAUAAUUAGAGCUCAAUAUGGCAUGAUCACGUACAAUGCACCCAAUUAGUGCUGUGCUGGUAUCAACAGAGGGAAUUCAGUGCUACACUUUAAUCAGCUAUACAAUCUGUCAAGUAUUAAUCCAGCUUUUGGAUUGGUGAAUCGUUCCAUGACUUAAUAACACCUGCACCCGAGGGUGAAUGGAUCAUCUGCUCUAAGUUCAACAGGUUUUUUCAUGUUGUCACACAAAUUUUUAGCAUUUUACAGCAAGAAAAAUCAAGUCUUUCGUUUAUGAGUUUUCUGUAUUUAACUUGAUACUUUUUACUAACUUGAUAAAGACUUUGAUGAAGAUGAGAAAACUAGUUUCUUUUUUCAGGCUCAUGCAGCAGAAGUAAGCAAGAAUAUCAUCUCUACUAUGUACAGUGAAACUGAGACUCAUUAGAGUCAAAAGGUAGUUGUCUUGGGAUGUAAUGAACCAAAGAAUGACAGAGUUUAUUUAACCGACACAUCUGUAUGGGGCAAAUCAUGCUGCCUGAGUCACUUCUCAGGUUACCAAUUUGACCCCAACAAUGCAGCGCACAGAGGAGGAAGUAGGGCUGGGCGAUAUGGCCUCAAAUCAAUAUCAUGAUAUAUUGAGCAGUUCACCUCGAUAGCGAUAAAUGGACGAUAACUACUCUAGCAGCUGAAACUUUUGAACCGUCCUCCAUCUCCUCACCUGUCUUUUCCUCUUGUUACAGACUGGAUGGGGUGGAGUCAUGUCUCUGAUGUAGGUCAGCAUCUUAAAGGGUCAUGAGACCAUAGCCUACCUACACACAUUGAAAACCAACACAGAAUAUACUGACAUGGGCAAAAUGACGUCGGUUAAUGUUGUAAAUUUCGGUAUCGGUACAUUUUCGAUGUAUCGCUCAGCCCUAAGAGGAAGGUUUGAAGUCCUAACGGAAAUGCUCUGACAGUUCCCCGUUGUCUACCAACGAGUCACAAGGUCCAUGGAGUGAAAGGAGGAGCAUGUUUUGGUUUGCGUUAAGUUUGAGUUCAUCAGAGACAAGAAUAUUUUCCUCUCUAAAAAGGAAGGGUAUCAGGUUGGAUCUAAUGUUUGGUGAAAGAAAAGCAUGAUGGAUGAAAGCAGUUGCAGCUGAAGAGCUCUCAGUGUGUCUGUGUGUGUGUGUGUGUGUGUUUUUUUUUUAAGUAGACCACUAAAGAGGAACCAUUACAUCAACUAUUUUCUGAGAUUUUUGAAAAGAUUUUCAGAAGAACUCUCCAAGACAGGGAAUCUGGCAUCUCAACAAAAGCACAAGCAAGCCGAGGACAGUGGGGAGGAACCCCAUCCCCCACAAACAUCACAAGUGCACACACAGACACACACACACACACACAGACUGAACACAAAGAGGCCAGAGGUAAUGCAUUUGGAUGGGACGCUGAGCACCGAGCAGGCUCUCUCUCUGAUAGCACAUUGAAGUUGAUUGCAGACACUGUUGUGGUACUCCCCUGUUGGGUUGCAUUAGGCAGCGAGUGUACAGUGCACUGAAGUGACAUCUCUACAAGCUUCUUCAGUCAACUGGCUCACGUCAGGGAAUAUGUUUCAAGUUAAAGCAGAGCUGAUAUCUGCACUUGUUUGUCUCUGCUCUUACUCAUGCUUAAGAAUUACAAUGAUUUCUAACUCACAAGACUUUUGGAGCGUAUUAUAUUUAUAUUUGAUGAUUAAAGUGAAGCACUUUUGUAUGUUUUGAUGACAUCUCUGAGCUUUAUCUUCUGAUAGUGCAUACCUGGAAUAAAUCUAGGAUGUUGAUUUGUCUGCAUUUGGUUAAAAACUGAGAUGAUAUCUAAAAUUGGCUUUUUAAUGUGAGCUUUUAUAGAUCCCUUCCCCACACCAGGGGGAUCAUGUCUUAACCCAUCCCGUCUCAUUUCCACAGGUCGUGGUGUCAACAAACAUCGCAGAGACAUCCCUGACCAUCGAUGGCGUCGUGUUUGUAAUUGAUCCUGGAUUUGCCAAGCAAAAGGUUAGCGCUCCCUCCCCCCCCUUACCCGGCCAACCCCCAUCUCCGCCCCUCUCCCUCCACCCCUUUAUCUGCUGCGAUCAUCUGCGUCUGUUUCCCAAGAAUCCCCAGAUAAACACAAGCGCUGCACACCUGACAGCAGCAAAGAUGGAAAAGCCAGUUAUUUAUUCCUCUGACAUUUCUCCAGCCUGGAGCCAAGUCAUACACAUGGUGCUAAAAGGGAUUAUAAAUGCACCAUGGUGGAUUGUGUCUAUGUGUCAUUGUACUAUUUAUUUGUAAGCUGCUUAUAUGUAUAGUAUAUUUAAGGUAUGUAUGUGCUUAACUUUUUUCAACCUGGUUGGAGUUUUUUUUUUUGCACCUGUGGUUCAUCCUUCCUUUUUCCUGUUAGGUGUACAACCCACGAAUCAGAGUGGAAUCUCUCUUGGUUACAGCCAUCAGCAAGGCCUCGGCCCAGCAGAGGGCAGGUCGCGCUGGACGAACACGCCCCGGAAAGUGUUUCCGCCUUUACACGGAGAAAGCUUACAAGACAGAAAUGCAGGUAAGAAGCAAGGCAAUGAGAAAAUCUAUGAGGUGUUUGAUUCUCACAUCUUUCCAAUGCCACAAGCACUCUGUAUUCCCCUAAAGCAGCCCUCUAGCUGGAAAAAAAAGCUUCAUUUAUGCAAUAUUUGCUCUUUGAACUCUACGAUUCCCAGGUCAGCUGAAUUAUGAUUCAAGAGCUUGCUGCUAAACCGCACUGCCUCCACCCUUUUCCUCCCAACCUGAGCUGAGGAAACAGCCACCUUGUGACAAAUGAACCUGCAGAGGCCCAGUUCUCCUCUUUAACAGGCUAAUUCUUUCACGUCACGCCGAGUGGCACAGAGAAUUUUUUAAACAAGUUAAAUAGCCCUUCAGAUGCCCUCGACUGCCGGUCUCUGUUCAAAUUGACAUAUGAGCGAUGCGUGAGGAGAUAAUAAGUGCCCUGACUAAUUCAUUUUGAAUUGUUCCUCUGGUUUCCUCUGGCACCUCUUUACUGGCUUAGGACAACACUUAUCCAGAGAUCCUCAGGUCUAAUCUGGGCUCUGUGGUGCUGCAGCUGAAGAAACUGGGGAUCGACGACCUGGUGCACUUUGACUUCAUGGACCCACCAGGUCAGUAUCAUUAAAAAAUUAUGAAAGCAUACGGCAAGUGCAGUUACGGUUGAUAUUUGAAGAGUGCUUAUGUGAAAUGUGAAAAUUCUCAUCACAGUCACUUUGCAGUAGUGCUGUCAACGAAUAUUCUAAAUUCAAAUAUAUAUUUGAAAAUUAAAAAAAAAACAGAGAUACAAAUGUGAAAAUUAAUGUUUGAAUAUGAAGUAAACAGCAGGAAAAAAUGGAAUGGGAAAAAAAAGGGAAAAAAAAACCAGCGGCUGUAUUGUGAGCUAGCGCACUGUAAGAACAGAGCCAAACCCGGAGAAGGCGGUCGAACUUUAGAAGAUGCGUAUGGAAACCGGGGCUCGACAGUUUGACUGUUUCACUCCCAUUUGCGACUAAAAAUAGAUGUGUGCAAAUUGUAAGAUAUUCUUAGGGGCACAUGUGCGCAUAAAAAUGUUUUUAUGAAAUGUUUUUUCAUGUGAAUACUGGGGUGAAGUUAGUUUUAGGUUGCAUAUCCGACAGACAGAAUAGCACCCUCUGUUGACUGGCUGCAGUAUAGGUCAUAAAUCCCGCCUCUGCCAGCAAAGCUUAUGGAGCUGUGGACAAACUUUAGAAAUUUAUUACACAGAACAUAAAUUUUUCUCCCCCCUUCUUGUGAUGUUGACAUGUAGUUACAGUAAGACUGGUUUGUACUCAAGUCCUCUUUUUUCUGUGAAGCUCCGUUUUUAAAGUUAUUAGGGGGUUCAUGUUUUCUGACAUGUUUUUUGACACCUGAUACAGCCUAUUGGCAUUCAGGGAUUGCGUAGCUCACCCGGGGGAUACGCUGUUUGAGCCGAGUGUCAACACAGCGACUCUUGGAGACUCCCUUGCCGAAUGCGCACAACGCUACUGUGCAGUUCUGGUUUCAGAAAAUAAAGAAAAAUCACAGAAAUACGGAGAGCUUUUUGGCUUCAAAUCCGUAUACAGGCGGGAGGCGGAACCAAGUUGUCCAUAGUAUAUACAGUCUAUGGUCAAGCCCUGAAAAUUCUUCAGAUUUUGGGCAGACACAGCAGACGGAAAAAAUGCUGAGUGAGAUACAGUUGUGUGCCAGCUGUGUAAGCUAAAUAUUUGAAUAUGUUCGAACCUUUGAGUUUUUUUAGAACGAAUAUUCAAACAUCAUUUUGGUGCAGUUUUGACAUCUCUGCUCUGCAGGUAAAAGUCUGUCAGAUUUGUGACUUAGUCACUUGGAAACUCCAGGGAAAAGAUGACAAAGCAAAGAUAAAGUUUGCACGGCAGUUAUCAAAUACUGCAUAUUGAAUGUUAGGAGGUUUGGGUGUAAGUGCUCUGACAGACAUGCGCUGCUCAGUAGUGGAUAUGCAGUUUUUAUGAGAUGUCUGUUUUAAGUUUAGAUUAUUGUUGUUCAAAGUGAGAAAAGGGAGUGAUGUGAGGAGUUCAGAUUCAGGCUGAUCAGUCAGUUUGUGUUUCAAUCUAUUUUUUAUUUCUUGUAUGUCUGAGUCAUGCCAGAUCUAGGUUAAAAAACAGAGGAGUCUCAGUAAGGCAUCAAGUUAUGGUGUUCUCCCACAGAGUGUGUGUUCCUACACCUUCCAAAGAGGACCACCACUCCUCCUUUCCCCAUCCUUAACCUCCCCCUCCCUCCCCCCCUUUUCUCACCAUAAUAUAGUUUUCAUCUCACCUCUGAGAUUAAACCCAUCUCUCCCCGUCCACUGUGGCAAACGCCAUUUUGAGAAUGAAAUUGGUUACAUCAAUAGCAGCACUAUCACCUUAGCUAUUGCCUUCCCUUUAUAUUCCUCCAGUGAAACGUGACCGACCUCCGCCGCCCACCCCCACAUUUCUCACAAAACGAGAAGGGUAAGCAGCAACAUAUGGGAUUGGCCUUGUCUGCUGAGUCUAACUGGGAACAGUGAGGUGAAGGGAAAGGGGAGGAUUACCUGUUAUUUAUUUGAUCCACUCGCAGUAGAAGGUUUCUCCUAACUAGCCAAGAGAGCACGAUGGAAUCUGGAGCUAGUUCAGGGCAACGAAGGAGCCUUUUAGGGCUCCUGGACCGGAGCUUCAUAACGCCUGCUGUUACGGUGGAUCAAUCUUGAUGUCAACUUUGUCAUGUCUUUUCUCAGGAGAGCUUAGAAAUUUUCUAUUUUCUUAUGAUUUACUUGCAUUAAUUUGGUCUUAAGUUUGCACACAUUACUGUAUUUCUCUAGUAAUACAAGGGCUUCACUCUGGCUUGGUGGAGAGUACUCAAUGAUGAAUGGCUGAAGGAAACUCAGUGUCACAGCUUUGUCACUCACAUUGUUUGAUUGUUUACUGCAAUUGCUUGCAGUUAUCUAUUUGUAGAGACACAUAAACAGUCUUAAUCAUCGCCAAUGAGACUCAGGAUGCUGCCUGCUGAUGCUUGACUGGUCCAGACUACUUCCUCUUGAUAUUUCUCCAUAGAUUCUCCAUGGAGUUUAGGUCAGGCCAGUGGGCUGACAUUGAUUUCCAAAUAAAUUGCAAAAUUUACUUUAAUCUGAGAACAGGACUUUGAACCUGUGAGCAAAUAUCCUGUCCUUUUUCUCCUCAGUCCAGGUUUGACACCUCUGAAGUUGACUUUGGGUUAGAUAGACUUGACAUUACAGUUGUGACACUUGUUGUCCCUUUCCUGAAGACUUUCCUGAUAAAACACCAACACUAGCCUCAGUCCAUUCCUUAAGAAGCUCUCCAAAGUUCUUAAAUCAACUUUUUCUUGGUGAUCAUAUUUCUUUGUUGAACACAGAUUUCAUGAUGACAGACCAAUGUUGUUCACUGUGUAGUCCUGCUAUUAACAGCCCAUCUCUCUUCAUGCUCAACCAGUCCCUCGCCUUUACUAACACACACAGUAUUCUUUUAUUGAUGCACCCGUACACGAAUGAUUUUAAGAAAAUAGAAAAUCCAAUAUACUACAUAGAACUCAUCAUUAAACACACAAAAAUAAGAGAGAACAUGUCAAUAGCUUAAAUCCCAAUUAAAGUAGAGUUUACGACAGUAAUUUUAGUGUUCAUCUCAUGAAAAUGUAAGUCAUAUUUUUCCAUUGUGGUUUUUCCAUUAAAAGUAAUGUUAUUCUUUUUUAGAAGGUGCCAAAACAAAACGUCUCAUUUCUCCUCCAUUAAUUUUACAUAUUUACUUAAGCUGUGUCGCUUAGUUCUUGCAAAAUAAAAGCCCCUUGAAUCAAAAGAAAUUGAAAGACCUUAGACUUAGGGCCACAAGAAGACCAAAUAAAAGCAUCACAAGGAAUAGAUGUUCGAGAAACCUGUUUUUUAAAGCUCAGAGUUAACAAGGGGACUUAAAUUUUCCUUUUUACUCUGAAAUGCUCAAAUAUCCACUCUGUUUCUCCUCUUCCUCACUCAACACAAAAGAAACAGCAUGAGUCUGCAAACCAAAUGGAAAAUCCAAAAGAAAUCAGUCGUGAUUUACACAGGGACUUGCCUGGGUGGGAUUUAUUUGCCUGGUGACAUUUCCAAAGAAGAACCUUUCAAAGCCAAUGUGGUUUAAUGUACCUUUAGCCUUUUGUCCCAUUGAUUUGGCCCUUGGUUAAUAUAUCGGAUUCUUGUGUGUUGAGGCAGUCGAUACUUACUUUCUGAUGAACUGCGUUGUGUAUAGAUUGAAUUUCCACACUGGUUCAUCAUGCUAACAGUACUUGGAAAUCAGGUUUUUCACCUUCUGUUUAGCUCCACACCGUUGGUGUGGUAAAUAAUGUGACCAACUCCCCCAAAAAAGCAAGCUUUGAUGCCCCAAAUCAAUAUUUGCUAAUCAUAAAAAAAUGCCUCCCUGCUGUUUGAAAUUGAAUUUUUUUUUCCUUUAGGAGUACUUCAGAGGAAUGAAAGUGAACGAGCUGGUAGCCAGUGCUUGAAGCUAAUUUUCAGUUAACAUGCAACUGGUCAUUAGGCUUCAGCUCACAGGAGCCAAAGGUCAAUAAUUGCAUCUGGAGGAAAAAUCUUUUAACCAAACGGUGGAAGCCUUUUGUGUUGGAGCAUUAAGUAGAAAGUUUCCCCUCGUAAUUGCAUUCGUUGUUCAGGAUUGCCUGAGUGAGAGGAUGAAAAAUGAGCUCUGCCAUGAUUACUUCUCCACUAAGUUGCUGUCUGGUGUAACCCUGGCCAUCACAUACAGAGAGCCUUCUCUUCAUCGUGAUGUCCCCUGCCAAUGUGCCCCCACACUGUGUUUGCAUCUUACAAAAGGUGCAAGUACAGAAAGUAAUGUCAGUCUUUUUUAAAGCCCCUGUGAAACCUUUGUUUUAAAUUCACAGAGAUUAGUUUUCAGCGGAUUGAUUAAUACUUUCAGAUCAAGUUUCAACUUGCAGCCGCAGAGCAUUAAUCACUCCUGACACAGGUGGAAGUAAAGCUCCAAAUUGUCCUGAUGUAAAAAAUGGCAGAUGUGUCAUUUGCUCCCUCUCUGUUACCUCUGUGUGUGAUUGCCCAUGGGCUUGGAACACAAACAUUUACAGCCCGUCUCUUCCCAUUUCUGUCUCCCCCAGCCCCAGAGACCCUGAUGCGAGCCCUGGAGUUGCUCAACUACCUGGCGGCGCUCAACGACAACGGUGACCUGACUGAGCUGGGCUCCAUGAUGGCCGAGUUCCCCCUGGACCCUCAGCUGGCCAAGAUGGUCAUCGCCAGCUGCGAAUUCAACUGUUCCAAUGAGGUCCUGUCCAUCACCGCCAUGCUGUCAGGUAAUACUCAGGGGCCGGCCCGCCAUGUGAGGGUUGAUGCAAAACUUUGAAAGGGAAAGAAAAAGAUGAUUCAAGUUCUGCACAAGUUACCAAAAACAUGCACAAUCCACUGAAAAGCAAGAUGACUGACCAAAAGUUGCAUGCUGAAACUUGACAUUUAUUCAUAAACCAAAUCCCCAAAAAGUUAGCGAAGUUAGUUUGUGAAAAGUUGAUGUCAAGAGAUUUUAAUGGUUUACAAAUCAGUUAAACCCAGUAUUGACGUUAAAUGGUUGCAGAGAAAACAUAUAAAAUGAUGCUGAGUGUUAUCAGAUGCUCAUUUUAAAUUGAACAGUUUUGAAGGGUUUCAUGUUAUUCCGGCACCACCAAGGAAGAAUGUAGAUUGUGAUCAAUUGUGUUAUGUUAUGUUACGGUAUGGUAUGAUAUGUAAUGCUAUUGUUUGGUAAAAAGCUAUGUACCCUGUGGUGGAAGCAUGGAACUCAAUAAAAAAAAAAAAGAAAAAGAAGUGAAAUUUAAGCCUGAUACAGGAUUUCAGCAGCUCAAUAUUUGGAGUUUGAAGUGUGGUGUUUAGAAGUGAUGUUGAGCUCAUGCAGGGAUUCCCACUACAGAGUCAUAUAUGUACAAAAGCAGUGACGCCUCUUGUAAAGCGAUAUCUCCAGAUUCUUUGUGUCAUUUGAAGAUAUUCUGUACUGUAGUUAUGUCCCAACUGUUUAAAAAUGGUUUGUAUCUACUCUUUCACUUCAAGGUUUUCACUGUAUGAGAACAACAUUUAAAGUUAUUCAAAAAGUUAAAGAAAACUUCACAUAUUUAAUGUACUUCUAAUUAAAUCUGUGUCAACACCAAACGGGCCUCAAUACUGGAUCAAAUGUAAUGUGUGCACACUGAACUUCACUGUAAGGCAAGUUUAGGGCAAAGUCAGGAGUCAGCUAUUAUUUGUGUGAAAGGGGGAAAAUACAUGCCUGUACAAAACGUGUAGUGUAGCUGGAGCAGCAGUAGCAGCAGUAAUUGCUCUUUAGGCUUGCCAAAGCAGAAUGCUGCUUAUUGAGAUGAAUCUUGGCUCCUUUGAAGGAAGUGCGAGGGGUCUUUGAGAGCGGGGAAAUGGAUUUAACUAGCUGUUUGGAUGUGGCGUUGCACUUAAAGCAGGUGUUUCAGGAUGGCAGCUUUUUGCUGAGUUGAUUAGAGUAAGCAGCGAAAGCACACCUGAGAACCGUGCCGCCACUGCAACCAACCAUGAGACUCAAUAAAAGUCAGCGUUCAGCCAUUACAGCUGAAGCCGAGCGGGGUUGACGUUAAGCAAUUCAGAGCAAGUUCACAGAGGGGAGAUGGCUGAGUAAACUCCACACCAGUGUUUUAUUUAUCUGCAGUAUCGGGUCAAUAAGAUGGGAUUCUUGUAUAGACUGAGUGUUAUAUGUCAAAUUUAUCAUGUUAAAGUCACUUCAGCAUUUCAGGUCAGAAAAUCCAUCCUCUCCCUUCCUCUUCGACCCUUUUCCUUUCCUUUCCCUUCAUCUUCGACCCCUUUCCUUUCCUUUCCUUCCCUUUCCACAUCUUUCCUUUCCACUCCUUUAGUUUUCACUCCUUUCCUUUCCACUCCUUCCAUUCCCUUCCCUCUCCAAUCCUUCCCUUUCUUUCCUUUCUUCCCUUUCCUUUCAUUCCUUUUUUUUUUGCCCUGUCUUUCCUUUCCUUUCCUUCCCUUUUACUGCCCUUUACUUUCCUUUCCACUCCUUUCCUUUCAUUUCCUGUCCUGUCUUUCUUUUCCUUUUCUUUCCUUUCCUUUCCACUACUUUCAUUCCCUUUCCACUACUUUCCCUUCCUUCCUUUCCUUUCUUUUCCCUUCCUGUCCUUCCCUUUCCACUACUUUCCUGUCCUUUUCUGCUUUUCCCUACCUUUUGUUCGUUUCCUUUUUCUUUCUUUUCUUUCAUUUCCUUUCCUUUCCUUCCUUUUCCUUUUCCUUUCCUUUCCUUUCUUUUCCUUUUCUUUCCUUUCCUUUCCUUUCCUUUCGUUUCCUUUCCACUUUUUUCCUUCCCUCUUCACCUCCUCUCUUUCCUUUCCUUUCCUUUCCUUUCCUUUCCUUUCCUUUCCUUUCCUUUCCUUUCCUUUCCUCUCCUUUCCUUUCCCGCCUUACAAACUUCACAUGCAGUUUUCCCCCUGAAGUGCUCUGUGCCUCUCUUCAGCUGAGGCCUUCUUCCUCUCUGUGGGGUUUGCUUAACUUUUCCCUAUGGGCGGCUGUGUUGGGGCCUAUACCAACCUUGUCUAGUCCCACAGUGCUUCGUCCGACCUGUCGAGGCUAAGAAAAUGGCAGACGAGUCCAAGCUUCACUUCGCCCACAUGGAUGGAGACCACUUGACGUUGCUCAACGUCUACCAUGCCUUCAAACAGAGUGAGCAUCACCUCUCGUAUACCUCUGUCCCUCUUGUUAUGAAUAGAGAAUUUCUGUCCUGAUUUCUGGAUUGUGCUUGUCUUACACAGACCACGAGUCCACUCAGUGGUGCUACGACAAUUUUGUCAACUACCGCUCGCUGAUGUCAGCAGACAACGUGCGGCAGCAGCUGUCCAGGAUCAUGGACCGCUUCAACCUGCCGAGGCGGAGCACCGAGUUUUGCAGCAGGGAUUACUACAUCAACAUCCGCAGAGCGCUGGUCACUGGAUUCUUCAUGCAGGUCAGUCACAGCAGCGUCAUAUUUUUGCAUUUAUUUAAAGUGUAAAUGUGCGUUUUUAACCUGCUGUCCAAAAGUGUUAAUCUGCUCCUUUUACUCUUUCCUCCGUGUGCUCUUUUAUUUCAUCCUCCACCUCUUCCUCAGGGUACUUCAUCUUUGCCCUUUUAGUUUUUGAUGGUUUAAAAAAUAUGUGGUCGCAGCUAACAUGUUUAUUGUAAUGGAUAACUGCCCUCAGAUUGAAAAUAAAGGCGCACACACUCUCACACUUACACACACAGAGCUGCUUCCCUUUAAACACACAAAUAAAGAAUCAAGCCAAUUUGCUCCUCGCUCAAGGAAACAAAUGGCAUUUUGCAAGAAGCCAUUUUCGGGGCUACCUGAAACAAGCAGCCUGACAAGUUGAAUUAUGGUGUUAAUAUUUGAAUAUUUGUCAACAUUAACCUUUAUCCCGGAGACAAAUUUGCGGCUCGUGUUGGGGCUUUCGCAGCAUUUGAGAUCAUGUCUUUGCUGGGCUCUGAAUUUAUGGAGACUGAUUGCUUUGCUUAAUCACAACAGUCACCACAGCUUUACGUGAUACCUACAAAGAAGGGGGAAAAUCUCUCACUGCCAGAUUACAAACAAGUUUGCUAUCAAUUAUUGAUGACAUUUGAUAAGGGUUAAGGGUUUGUACAUGUGUUUGUUUUUGCUUUGUCUGGAUUUCAGUGUUUUUUUUUUUUUCCCCUCUGCGGUGUGAACAGAUCGCUCACCUGGAGCGCACAGGCCAUUACCUGACUGUGAAGGACAACCAAGUCGUACAGCUGCACCCGUCCACUGUGCUGGACCACAAGCCGGAGUGGGUGCUUUACAACGAGUUUGUGCUCACUAGCAAGAACUACAUCCGUACGUGCGCUGACAUCAAACCAGAGUGGUAGGUUUCAUUCGGUGCUACGUUUGUUUUUGGGGAAAGAAGUUUUAAACUGAUAUUUUUUUGCAUACAGCUGCUCUCCAUCCUUCCUGAUGUGCCUUUGUAAACAGCCAUGACACACUCAGACUGUUGAUAUCCACAGGUCCGCUAAUAUCAGCGUUUUGUUAAGCCCCUUUGGCGCCUCAUUAAGAUGAAAAAGUUACAUUUGCAUCUGCUGUAGACUAACGGAGAGCAGAGAGAGAGCGUGAUCUCACCUGGUCCCUUUGUGUCUUCAUUUAGUCCUGACCUGUGGACUGUGAGCUCCACAUCUCUGCACAUUGAUUGGCGCACAGAAAUAAUCAAUUCACGGUCACAAAACAGGCAGAAACAGGCAGAAAAUCUCAUGCUCAGCAGCUACAUACACUGCCUUUAUUUCCUUUAUACAAUAAAGUUAAGUUUUGUUGUUUUUUCUACUUUUUUGGGAAAAUCAAAAUCUGUAAAUCUGUAGUUUUUAUUUACAGCAUUUCAAAUGAGCUGGGAUGUAUUCAAAGUCUGACUCUGUACCAGCACUGUGUACAGUUUGCUAAUUAAAAGCAAAAAAUUCUGGCUUCCCAUGACUCAUAUUUUCGUUGUUUCUGACCUUGAAAAAUUAGGCAUCAAAUUCAUCGAGUCUGGGCUUGUAAGAAGACCCCCCGCCCCAAGUAAACACAGAAGACGUGUUUUUUUUUUCUUUUUUUGUGAAUAAUGUUUACUCGCUUUCCUUCCUAGGCUGCUGAAAAUUGCCCCGCAGUACUAUGAGAUGAGUAACUUCCCCCAGUGUGAAGCUAAGAGACAGUUGGAGCGCAUCAUUGCAAAAGUCUCAUCCAAGGAGUACACUCAGUACUAAGAAGGUUUGCAUGUGCUGCAGAAUCAGCACAAAGGAAAAUCUGAACUCCUUUUCAGAGACCUUUGUUCUUUUUUAUUCCCAGCAUUAACCUCGUUUGAUAUUUUUAUUUACUUCUCUGUAUCUCAUGUAAUUUCCUGUGCCAUUUUUUUAACACAAGAGGGUUAGCACUAUUUGAAACGUACUGUAAAUACCUGGUUAUCUAAUGGUGGUUUUAUUAUUUACCACUCAUGUCAAAUGCAUGAUAUUUUUGUGUAAAUUUCAUCCAUACAAGGUCACUACUUUGAAUUUCUUCACAUUUUUCUCCUCUUGCAGAAUCAGCAUCACGCCUUUGAGAGACGCUUUUUAACAAACAUAAUUUAUACUGUAUUUUGGCGCAGACAUCAUCAUGUAUUAUUUUCCUGUCAUGGAGAUAUUAAGUGGGACAGCCCGCCCACUUUUCCCUGUCACUGUUCAACUUAAUAAAAUGAUUUUGUAAUAAAACAUUUUUCCAGUGUCAGCAUUAAAAUAACAGGAUAAUCUACGCAUAAACUUUUCACUUAACCCUCGCACUCGCACACAC